ACCAAAAGGUGGAACCAAGAAGCUAACCACCACAAAAUAUAUUAAACAAGAUAGAGGAUACAAAAAGGAGUGGAUAAGAUAUGACCAAAACUCCAUCAAGAAGAGAAUCUAAAACUAGGCAUACCAUCAAGGAGUGAGUGGACUUGACUUGACUUGACUUGAUGAUAUCUCAUAAUUCAAAUUUACAAUCAUCAAUUCAAAUUUCUUUCAUACUGCAACAUGGAUGCUUCUUCUGCUAUUUACAAAAUUUUGCAGCAGGAAAUAUAAACUUUAAUCUUCUUAUCCGACAAGGCGCUCCUAUUAUCGGUAGGGCAGUAAGGAUGGUAGCAGCAGUUGAUUGGUCUGGCAAAGUCUUGAAAGAAGUCAAAAGAGAAAAUAACAACCUCAUUUUAAAUCGAGAUUUUGUGCUUCGAAAAGUUAAUGCAACUGAUCAUAAAACUCAAAUGAUCAAUGAUGUUGUGUUUGAGUGGCUAGAAAAAUCAGAGAUACUCAUACAAGAGGUGGAGAAUCUUAGGAUAGAAGAAAGAUCGCCACUAUGGAAUGACUUUAAGGAAUUGUUGGAAAAAAUAACGGCACUGAAUGCAAAAUGUGAAUUUGAACCAUUUUCAACUCCAAUUCCAAGUUUAGAACACUUCUCUUCUGGAAAUAUUGUGUGUUUUAAUUCUAGAGAGAAGACAUCAGAUCAACUUUUAGUGGCACUGAAAGAUGAUAGUUGUUCUAUGAUUGGAUUAUAUGGUAGGCAGGGUUCCGGUAAAACAACAUUGGUGAAAGCAAUGGGAGAGAAAGUUAAGUAUUUAAAGAUUUUUCAAGAGGUUUUAUUUGCCAGGGCGUCCCAAAACAAUAUCAGAAGAAUGCAAGAUGAAAUUGCUGACUUGUUAAAUCUGAAAUUUGAUAAAAACAGUGACGCUGGAAGAGCAAGAAGAAUAUCAUCAACAAUAGAUAGUAUGAAUUGUCCAAUUCUAGUGAUUUUCGAUGAUGUUCGGGUAAAAUUUGAUUUAGAGGAUGUAGGCAUUCCUUAUAAUAGUAAUCGAUGCAAGGUCCUUUUGACCACAUGUUCUCAACAAGAUUGUGAUUUGAUGCACACUCAAAAGGAUAUUCAACUUGGUCCCUUAUCUACAGAGGAAUCUUGGACUUUGUUCCAAAAACAUUCAGGUAUUCACGAUGAGAAGUACUCCGCUUCAUUUGACUUGUUGAAUGUAGCUCGUGAAGUAGCUAUUGAAUGUGAAGGGUUACCUGGAACAAUUAAAGAUGCGGGAUCUUCCUUAAGAAGUAAACCAAUUGAGGAAUGGAAAACAACACUAGAUAGUCUGAAACAUUCAAUGGCCAAAUGGCAAAUUUUCCUCAGUUUUAGAGGAGAAGAUACACGCCACACUUUUACAGGUUCUCUUUAUCAAGCUUUAUCUCAAGGUAGAUUCAAAACUUUCAUGGAUGAUGGAGGAGGACUGGACAUUGGAGACCAAAUUUCACCCUCUCUUCUAAAUGCCAUCGAAGCAUCAAGGCUUUCGAUUAUUGUUUUAUCUGAAAACUAUGCAAAUUCCACGUGGUGUCUUGAUGAACUUGUCAAGAUUCUUGAGUGUAAGAAAUUGAAGAAUCAAGAGGUUUGGCCAAUCUUUUACAAAGUGAAGCCAUCAGACAUAAGACAUAUGAGAGAAAGUUAUGGCAAAGACAUGUCUCGACAUGAAAAUACAUUUGGAAUUAACUCCGAGAGAGUGCAAAAAUGGAAGUCAGCUUUGUCAGAAGUGUGUAAGAUAUCUGGAAAGCAUUAUACGGACGGGUACGAAUAUGAAUUUAUUAAUACUAUCGUGGAAGAUGCCAAUCGUAUUAGAAGUCGUUUGCAAAUACAAAACAGAUAUGUACUAGAAUGAAGAUGCAAACUCUUAGAACUUGUGUUGGGAGUUUUAACACAUAUUACAAGCCGGUUUUGUAAGGAUGAGUUAGGCCUAACUCUCAAUUCUAAGAGUAAAGGUGACAAAUUCUUGUUAAAUACUCUUUCAUGUAUCUAGACUUUGAUCCAAGCUCGUAUGAAAUUCAUGUGAUUAUUUUUAUGUUUAUUGUCUUCUGAUUUUAUGUAAUAAACUUCAAAUUUUCUGCAGAAUUAGUGCAUUCAAAUCAUCUUCGAUAAUGUCCUAUAAACUUUCUGCAGAAUUUGCAAGCUAAACUGUCACUGCUAGUGACACUGUGAAACCAAGAAAAGAAAAAGCUGAGGAAAGUUUUAUAAAUUCGAAAAGCAAGUUUUUCAGUGCGAAAAUGCACUGUGAAGCCUCAUGACUUCCCAAUUAUUGGAAGAUUU